AUGCUUCUCACAGUGACCAGUCGCAACGUAUUACUUCCCGAUUAUGAUCUGCCACGACCUGCGACGAUCAAUGUUGACCUCAGGACUGGUAAAAUAAUCGAAGUCCGCUUGCGGUACAUUGGCGAUGGGGCGUGUAGGGAAAGCUGGGCCCCGGGGGAACUACACUUUGUUGAUGCGGGAGAUAAAACUGUUCUUCCUGGACUGGUCGAUGCCCAUGUCCAUCUAGAGGAACCCGGAAACCAGGACUGGGAAGGCUUUUGGACCGGCACACAAGCUGCAGCUGCCGGAGGCGUUACCACUCUAAUUGAUAUGCCCGUCGAUUCAAGUCCGCCCACCACCACACCAAGGAACCUUGAUAUUAAACGUCACUCUGCUCGUGGACAGUGUUGGAUAGAUGUUGGAUUUUGGGGAGGAGCGAUUCCUCAGAAUCAAGCCGAAUCGGGACCCCUCUUAUCCGCUGGCGUCAGAGGUUUCAAGUGCUUUUUGAUUGAUACAGGCAUCGAGGAAUUCCCUUGCGUCUCUGAGAAUGACCUUCAUGCGCACAUGUCCUAUCUUCAAAAUUCCGUCAUGAUUUUCCAUGCUGAAAUGCAGGCCGCUUCUUCACCAGCCCGGCACCGGCUUAAUCCAAGGUCAUAUCAGGAAUUCCUCUCUUCGCGUCCUAAGGAGCUUGAGAUAGAUGCUAUCACUCUCAUUACUCGCCUCCAAGCGAUAUACCCCUCAGUUUCCUGUCACAUCGCCCAUCUAUCAGCCGCAGCCGCCUUACCCAUCAUCCGUGCUGCCAAGGACUGUGGAUCAAAACUUUCCGUUGAAACCUGUUUUCACUAUCUAUGUUUAUCAGCAGAGGAUAUCCCGGAUGGCGCAACCGAGUACAAAUGCACCCCUCCGAUUCGCGAGGACUCUAACAGAAAUCUCCUCUGGGACGCUCUCGUGGAUGGUACCAUUGAUUGUGUAACUUCCGAUCACAGUCCUUGUCUCAUUGAAAUGAAGGGGCUUGAAUGCGGCGAUUUCAUGGAAGCUUGGGGUGGUGUCAGUUCUCUAGGCCUUGGAUUAAGCCUUCUAUGGACGGAAGGAAAGAAGAGAGGCAUCUCACUUGGACAGAUCAUCCGUUGGAUGACCAUUAGAAAUGCCGAGUUAGCGGGACUGUCUGGUACUAAGGGCCAGCUGAAAGUGGGACAUGACGGAGAUUUGGUGAUCUGGGAUCCGGAACCAGAAUUCAAGGUCUCGAAAGAACAUCUGUAUUUCAAGAACAAGUUAACUCCAUAUGAAGGCAUGACCUUGAAGGGCCUCGUACACAAAACUUUUGUUCGUGGUAGAUUGGCUUACGAUUCGGCACUUCAAGAUGGUUUCACGGGUCUUCAACCUUCCGGAGAGCUACUAUAG